CGCCCGCCGGGAGUUGUAGUUCGCUCGCCGCUGCGCCGCGGCCGGAGCAGCGCCGGGAGGCCGCGCGCUGCCCGGGCGGCCCCGGGCAUGGCGGAGGCGGCUCCGUGAGGGGUGAGCGGGCGUGUGACGGGCUCUCCGCGGCGGCGGCUCGGGCGCGGCCGUGUCCUGUGGGGCCGGGAGCCGCCGAGCCCCUUCCCGCGGUGCGUGUGGGCUCCUGCGCGGCUGCUGCGCUCCAAGCGCUCCGUCCUUGCUGCAGCACUAAGGAAUAAUCUGGUUUUCUUUCCGAGCCGCCUUCCAAGUGUCGUUUCUAACUGCCCUCGAAUGUGUUUGCAGCGCCUCGGAAAUGACCUCCGGCCGCUGCUCGCCGUCCUCCUUCCGCGUGGCUUUCGCUGACUGUCGCCGCUGCCGCUCCGGGCGCCUCCAAGCAGCAGAACUGAAAGCCUCACAAGACAGAGAUGGCUUUUUCUCUGGAAUUUGAAUAUGGAGGCCACGGGGACAGAUGAAGUAGAAAAGAUCAAAUCAAAGUUUAUGUCUGCAUGGCACAACAUGAAAUACAGCUGGGUGUUGAAAACAAAAACUUACUUCAGUAGGAGCUCUCCAGUCUUUCUGCUGGGAAAAUGUUACCACUUCAAAACUGAGGAAUCUGGGGAGCUCUCUACAGAUGGGUCCAAUUUUGAUAAGAUCAGCACCGAGAUUUCGGGGAACGUCGAGGAGUUCCGCAAGGAUUUCAUUUCUAGGAUCUGGCUGACCUACAGGGAGGAGUUCCCUCAGAUCAAGGGCUCUGCUUUAACCACAGACUGUGGCUGGGGCUGCACGCUCAGAACGGGGCAGAUGCUGCUGGCUCAGGGGCUGAUGCUUCAUUUCCUUGGGAGGGCCUGGGUGUGGCCAGAAGCCCUGGACAUGGACAGCUGUGACUCGGAGUCCUGGACCAGCAGCACCGUGAGGAAGCUCACGGCCUCCUUCGAGGCGUCGCUCACGGCCGAGAGGGACCCCAGGCUGCUGGCCCGGCCCCCUGCCAGCAGGAACUGGGAUGUCACCGAGAGGAGGAAUGAGGUUUAUCACAGGAAAAUCAUCUCCUGGUUUGGGGACUCCCCCCUGGCAGCCUUUGGGCUGCACCAGCUGAUAGAGCAUGGGAAGAAGUCGGGGAAGAUGGCGGGGGAUUGGUACGGGCCCGCCGUGGUCGCUCACAUUUUGAGAAAAGCUGUUGAAGAAGCAAGAGACCCUGAGCUGCAAGGAGUAACAGUCUACGUUGCCCAGGAUUGUACAGUCUACAGCUCGGAUGUUAUUGACAGGCAGUGCUCUCUUGUGGAUUCUGGGAAGGCAGGCACAAAAGCUGUAAUUAUUCUGGUUCCUGUGAGACUCGGUGGGGAGAGAACAAACACAGACUACCUGGAGUUUGUAAAGGGAAUUUUAAGCCUGGAGUACUGUGUUGGCAUCAUUGGUGGCAGACCCAAGCAAUCCUAUUACUUUGCUGGAUUCCAAGAUGACAGUUUGAUUUACAUGGAUCCUCAUUACUGCCAAUCUUUUGUAGAUGUCAGCAUAAAGGAUUUCCCUCUUGAGUCAUUCCACUGUCCUUCUCCCAAAAAGAUGUCCUUCAAAAAGAUGGACCCGAGCUGCACGAUAGGAUUUUACUGUAGGACCGUGCAGGACUUCGAGAAGGCUUCUGAAGAAAUCACCAAGAUGCUGAAAUCUUCAUCCAAGGAGAAAUAUCCCCUGUUUACUUUUGUCAAGGGUCAUUCUAGAGACUAUGACUUUGCUUCCAGUCCACUCCAUGAAGAAAAUGACCUUUUCUCCGAGGAUGAGAAGAAAAGACUGAAGAGAUUUAGUACAGAGGAGUUUGUCUUGCUUUGAGGACGUUUUACACGAGAGCAUCGGCAGCUGUCCAGGAGAACACUUGCCUUUUAACUAUAAAAAAUGUACCUGAAUUCCUCCCCCAAAAAGGCAAGCCUGUACUGAAAUUGGUCUAUUUUCAUAAAGAUGAUAAUGUUUUAUAUGUUAAAAGUCUUUAAGAUGUCAGUUACUAAUGUA